CAUCGACUGCUACUCUCCUGUAGUCUCGUCCUCUCCCUCCCUCCUCCCCCUCUCGGCCUCGCCGGAGAUGGCAUCCAGCAGGCUCGACUCAGACGACACGAGAAGGGUCCUCUUCGCAGCUGUUACCGCUUGCCGCCCCUGGGCCUCGACGGCGACGCUUCCUCCGAUCUCUUUUCGGUCGCCGGGACCUCACUGUCGCUGCGGGCUGCGGAGGGCCGCGGGAGAUGGCAUCCAGCAGCCGCGCGGCGCGGCGGGGGGAUGGGGGGAAUCAUCUGAUAUGACUAAAACAGAUCAAUAAUUCAUCUGAUCUGGUUUCCUGUGACAACGACAUGGAUGAAACAAGUCAGGGAGGUGGCUUAUGAUGCGGAGGACUGUAUUGACAUCUUCUGGUAUCACAACGGCCACCGACAUUGUAGCCAAAAUCCCAUUUUGGGUUGGCUACACAAGAUAAUUCACCCCCUGAAGACACUGAGAGCUAUGCACAACCUAUCCAUCGAGAUCCGAGACCUCAAAGCCCGUGCGCUGAAAGUGAGCGAGCGGAGGCUGAGGUACAGGGUGGAAGCAGCAUUUGGAGGUGUAAGUGAUGCAUACACAGCUGUCCGUUCUUCUCCUGACUAUAAUCAUCUUGAGCGCCAGUUGCCUGCGCUCAACAUCGACGAAUGCCGACUCGUGGGGGUGACCGAGAAGACCGAAUCAGUCAUCAGGUUGCUGGAGGAUGGUAACUUGGCUCAUCUCAAAGUUGUCCCCAUUGUUGGUUUUGGUGGCCUGGGCAAGACAACUCUUGCGGUGACUGUUUACAAGAGCCCAACAAUGAAGGGGAUCCAGACUCGGGCUUUCCUAGCUGUGUCCCAGCGUUAUGAUCUUCGCAUACUACUAGAAUCUUUAUUGAGGCAGCUCAUUCGAAUAUCCUUGAGAGAUCCAAGCUGCUCUAGGGAAGAAACACUUAAGGAUCCCCUUAGAGGCAUCGAGACCUGGCACAUAUCUGAAAUCAUUGGAAGAUGCAGAGCCCAUUUGGAGGACAAAAGGUACUUCAUUGUUCUGGAUGAUCUGUGGAGUCCGGAGGACUGGGAGAACUUGAAGGUGGCUUUUCCUGAUAAUGACAAGCAAAGCAGAAUACUAAUUACUACACGGAAUCGCAACGUUGCUGAAAGUUGCUGCGCUGAUUCCCAUGAUCUUAUUUACAACAUGGAGCCUCUACCCUUUGAAGAAUCUAAAAAGCUAUUUUAUAAGAAAGUGUUUAAGUUGGAUAAAUGUCCUCCACUAUAUCAGGAUUUGGAGGUAAUCUCUGACGGCAUACUGAAAAAAUGCAGUGGUUUGCCUCUGGCCAUACUUAGCAUUGGAGGAAUGCUAGCUCGAACGAAAAAUAAGACAAGGGCAGAAUGGGAAAAGGUGUGUGAUAGAUUGGGUUCUGGGUUAGAAAUAAGCGCCACAAUAGGAGGAAUGAGAAGGAUACUCUCUCUUGGCUACCAUGAUUUGCCCUACAAUGUGAAGGCUUGCUUCUUGUAUCUUAGUGUUUUCCCUGAGGACUAUGAGAUCAAGAGAGGACCCCUGGUUAGACGAUGGGCAGCUGAAGGUUUCAUCAGCGGAAUGCACAAAGCAAAUUUGGAGGAGGUUGCAGCGAAGUAUCUUGAUGAAUUCGUGAGUAGAAGCAUUGUUACACCAACCCGCGUUGCUAGUACUGGUUUGGUCAGGAGCUGUAAGGUUCAUGACAUGAUGCUGGAAGUUAUCACCUCCAAAUCUAUCCAAGAAAACUUCAUCUCGUUCGUGGGGAAGCAACAGUACAGCACAACAGGGCAUGACAAGAUCCGACGACUUUCAAUCCAGACUGAUGGUACUGGCAGUGGUAGAGAGCAAGAGAACCACAACACAAACUUUUCCCAUGUCCGUUCUCUGUUAAUUCUGCGCUGCAGCAAGAAGCCACUGCCCAUCAUCUUUACCCACUUCAAACUGCUGAGGGUACUAGACCUCGAAGGUUGCUGGUGGCUGAGUAAUGAAGACUUGAAGGAGAUCUGUAAGAUGUCUCUCCUGAGGUACCUUUGCCUUAGAAGAACAAAUGUUUCGCAGCUGCCAAAGCUAGUAGGGAGACUGAAACAACUGGUGACUCUGGAUGUGAGGGAGACUUCCAUUAGGGAAUUACCUGAAAGCGCUACUCAGCUGGGAAGUCUGAAGCAUCUACUUGGCGGCAGGUAUAGACACUAUACCAGGAUCAGUCGAGUCAAACAUUUUGAGCCACAUGAGGCCUUGAUGAUACCACAUGGCUUGAAGAACAUGAAAUCCAUUCAGAAGAUUGCCAGUGUAGACAUUGCAUCCAGCUCCCGUGCAAUGCAGGAGUUGGGUGCGCUGUCCCAGUUAACCAAGCUUUGUGCUAUAAACUCUGAGUAUGGAGAAGAAAAAUGGAAGCCUUUUGCUGCCUCGUUGAACAUGCUGUGCAAGUCCCUUCGGCACCUGUCUAUCAUGCACUGGCGCAGGAUGGAUAUGGGACUUGAAAUCUUUCUGGCUCUAAAAUCGCCACCCAUCUUCCUUGAAGAGCUCUACUUGUGGGGCAGGGUAAGUGUCCUGCCUCCAUGGAUUUUAUCCCUCAACUACUUAAUUGAACUAUCGCUCCGGGAGAAUUUUUUUGAUGGGCAAUUGUUGAGGCAACUAGGGAAGCUUCCAAGUCUUGUAUCUCUCAAGCUUUACCAUGAAUCAUUCGUGGGAACAAAGCUUUGCUUCGAACAAAAUCUAUUCCCCAGGCUGAAGCAGCUGAUUGUAGACAACGCGCCAAACCUUGAUGAACUCAGAUUUGACGGAGGUGCCCCUAAUCUGGAGAGGCUCACGCUGGCUUUUGAAAGAGAGCCUGCAAAAGGUAUUUUCGGCAUUGAGAACCUUCCAAAGCUCAAGGAGGUUGAGUUCUUCGGUGAAGUUAUUGUUGAUUCCCUAGUGGAGGGAAUGAUAACCGAGGCCAAGAUACAUCCAAAUAGACCAAGAGUUUAUAGAGAAAAUUGAUCCAUCGGAGACUCCAAAAAGUCAGGUUGCUAUCAUCGACAACAUGCACAUCUGCAAGUGUAUUCAUCGAAGACAACCUGUUCUAUUGUUUCAGUGAUAAGGAAAUACAUUCGUGAUCCUGGGCAGAGGUGCUGAGGGGUAACCAUGCCGUUUGGAUGAGACUGAGAACCAUGAAGUCAGAUGAAGAUAUCAAAUGGCUGUGCCUCUAUAUGCCCGUGGAUUAGUACCUUUUCCAGCAGCACAUGGACAACUUAUUAUCAGCCACGUCUGUUUGUCCGCUAUGCAGUUACCUUUCUGGGUUGCAGAUUGUUGUGCAGUUUUAAUAUCUUGUAACGUGAGAUUGCAAUAAGCUAGCGGGCUAGCUAACCGGUCAUGGUGGUGAUUCAGGGGCCGUUUGCUCGCAUAUGUGGGCAUGUAGCUGAACCAUGGUUCAUGCUCUGGUUACGUAGCCGCUCUCUUAUCCGGCAAUGCAACUUCGUUCGGUAUUCUAAGUGGAAGGUGUAACCGUGUAAGUGAACCUGCUGUAUGAGUACGCAGCUGAUUUCUUGUUUCAAACUUGUUCGGUUUGUAAUAUUAUUGAUUUAACUUUGCAAGUUGUAUUGUGCAUACAGUAUACACCAUAUGA